CUAUGUGACUCUAUAUAUAACGGCGAAAGCAAACAUUACGGUUACAGUCCCUACUACACAUUACCCGCUUCCGCUUCUAAAGCUUCUCUCUUCUGUUAGCUCUGUGCAAUACAAUACACUAUACUGUGCAAUAGAAUACAGUCCUAAAGUUUUCUAUAGCCAUGGAUGCUUUUAACUUGCUUAAAUUUUGGCGGAGUAACGGCGGUGGAGACGGCGUCUCCGAUGACGCAGACGGGCGGAAUCCGGCGUUGGAAACGGACGAGGAGUCGGAUGAGGAGUCGUUUUUUGAUUUGGUGUUGAACGGAGCUGAUUACAGCUGUAAGGACGAGAACGAGAAGCCUAAGACGGUGGAGGUGAUGAGGAAAGGUGAGACGAGUUUGAGCUUUCCGGAGUCGCCGAAAGAUGUGUUUCUGAAAGGGAAUGCGUUUUCGGUUGAUUCGUGUUCGAAGCCGCAGUCUCCGAUUUCGCUGCUUAGAACCGCUCCGAAGUUCCGAGUGUUCUUCUUAGGGUUUAAGAAGUCGAAGGUGGAGAAAUCGGAGAGCGACGGCGGUUCUGAUUCGAGUCCGAAGCAUCCGCUGCAGAAGACGGCGCAGAAUGAGCAGAGCAAGCGGUUUGCGGCGGUGAACUGUAAAGUCGAAGACGUUGAAGUCGUUGCCUCGUUGCCGACCAGAGAGAACAGCUUGAGAAGCAAGCUGCAAAUGGAGAAGUUUGACGAUUUCUCGCUUGAUGAACCGUCUAAACGGUUUCCGAAAAAUGCGGUGCCAAAAUACUUGAAACUCAUCAAGCCUCUGUACUCUAAAGCUUCCAAAUGCAAUCCUUCCGAUAAGCUUUCCGUCACAUCUCCAUUGUCUCCGGCCACGGAGACAUUGCCGAGAAGGCUAUCGGAGGAGAGACCAGGGAGCAGGACCGCUGGUUUCAGUACCGUGCGCAAACACCUAGUAAAGAGUCGCUCAGCUUCCGCCGGAAUUUCCUCGCCGCCGGCGAGGAGAAGGGACGAUUCUCUACUGGAACAGCAAGAUGGAAUCCGAAGCGCCAUUCUUCAUUGCAAGACAUCGUACAAUUCAACUACUAGAGGGAGUUCAUUAUUGUCCCGAUCUGUAAGCGAACCGCAUCCCCAGAAAUCUACGGAUCCGCAGAGAAGCUCAUACGAGGACGCAAAGCGAUGCAGCAUUUGAUCCAUAACCUCCUUCAAUUACUAUCCCUAUCAUUUUGUUUAUUUAUUCUUAGAUAUUGUGUUGAAAUGCAAUGUAAAUAGACAACGAAUUUAAGAACUAGACAAGGGCGUUAAUGGCGGACGUUUACAAUCGUUCCCGUCCAUUCCCUUUCCCGGAUGUAGACCGUAGUGAAUCAAUGAUCGUCUCUGUAAAUUCAAGCUAUCGAUGACGUAUCUAAAUGGAAAAAAAAUUCAGAGAAAUGAUUAAACUAAGGCAAAAUUGUGUA